GCCAGGCCUAGCUUAUAGCUUUCUGCUCAUCGUGUUUUCUUUGACUUUAUUAUUUGCUUUGUUGACAGACAAAGCCACAGACCCAAGCGUGGCAGAUCAGGAUUGGUUAGCUGUCCAGAACUUCUGUGAGCAGCUGAACACUGACCCCAAUGGCCCAACACAUGCACCCUGGCUGCUGGCCCACAAGAUCCAGUCUCCACAAGAGAAAGAAGCUCUUUAUGCCUUGACGGUGCUGGAGACGUGCAUGAACCACUGCGGAGAGAAGUUUCACGGUGAGGUGGCCAAGUUUCGCUUCCUGAAUGAGCUGAUCAAGGUGUUGUCUCCAAAAUACCUAGGGGCCUGGGCCACGGAGAAAGUGAAAGGAAGAGUCAUUGAAAUACUCUUUAGUUGGACCGUCUGGUUUCCGGAAGACAUCAAGAUCCGCGAUGCUUACCAGAUGCUGAAGAAACAAGGAAUCAUAAAACAAGACCCUAAACUACCAGUGGAUAAAAUCUUACCCCCACCUUCUCCCUGGCCCAAGAGCUCCAUCUUUGAUGCAGACGAAGAGAAGUCAAAGCUUCUGACAAGACUUCUGAAGAGCAGCCACCCUGAGGAUCUUCAGGCUGCCAACCGGCUGAUCAAGAGCUUGGUCAAGGAGGAACAGGAGAAAUCAGAGAAGGUGUCCAGGAGAGUGAGCGCGGUGGAAGAGGUGCGGAGCCAUGUGAAGGUGCUGCAGGAGAUGCUGAACAUGUACCGCAGGCCGGGGCAGGCCCCGCCGGACCAGGAGGCCUUGCAGGUCGUGUAUGAGAGGUGUGAGAAGCUGCGGCCCACCCUGUUCCGGCUGGCGAGUGGCACCACUGACGACGACGAUGCGCUGGCGGAAAUUCUCCAGGCAAACGACCUCCUCACUCAGGGAGUUCUGCUGUACAAACAGGUGAUGGAAGGUCGAGUCACCUUUGGGAGCACAGUGACCAGCUCGGUGGGGGACAUACCUGUCUCCAGAGUCUUUCAGAAUCCAGCAGGCUGCGUGAAGAGCUGCCCCCUGAUUGAUCUGCAGGUGGACAGUGGCCCUGAUCAGGCUGGGCCUGUGGCACCGUCUUUGCUUCACCAGGACCUGGCAGCCUUGGGGAUCAGUGAUGCUCCCGUCAUGAGCAAGGUUGCUGCCCAGAGUUGCUGUAAGGAAAAGAAGAAUCCUACCAGCAGCACCCUACCCGGAGGUGGUAUUCCCAGCCCUUCUGCAGAUAGGAACUUACUGGAUUUCCUGUCCCCACAGCCUUCUCCGGGUCCUCUGAAUUAUGUUCCACAGAAAAGUAUCCCCAAGGAAGUGCCACCAGGCACUAAGUCAUCCCCGGGGUGGUCUUGGGAAGCCAGCCCAUUGGCUUCUUCCCCGGCCUCCCAGAAUACACCUCUGGCUCAAGUGUUUGUUCCUUUGGAGUCUGUGAAGCCCAGCAGCCUGCCUCCCGUCAUUGUGUAUGACCGGAAUGGAUUCAGAAUCCUGCUCCAUUUCUCCCAGACGGGGGCACCCGGCCACCCGGAGGUGCAGGUGUUGCUGUUGACUAUGAUGAGCACUGCUGCCCAGCCCGUGUGGGACAUCAUGUUUCAAGUGGCAGUGCCAAAGUCGAUGCGCGUGAAGCUGCAGCCAGCAUCCAGCUCCAAGCUCCCUGCAUUCAACCCUCUGAUGCCUCCAGCUGUGAUAUCUCAGGUGUUGCUGCUUGACAAUCCACACAAAGAACCUAUCCGGUUACGGUAUAAGCUGACAUUCAACCAGGGUGGACAGCCCUUCAGUGAAGUGGGAGAAGUGAAAGACUUUCCGGACCUGGCCGUCUUGGGGACAGCCUAACUUCUUCUAAGAGGAUCCUUCGAGUCAAGCUUAGGCCAGCGUUCUUGCUGUACUGUCGGGUGGUCACGGUGACUUGUGCAGAGCGCCAGCACUCUGUCCUGAUGUUGGCUCCGACUGCCAGCCUCUGACCUGUCUGCAGCUCCUGUGCCUGUGUGUUGUGGGAGCCUGGGGGUGGGAGAGUAGGGCUCAGGAUGUGGGCGGUGUGGGGGACUGACGACCAUCUCUGCUGCCAUCCUGUUUCUGCAUGCUGGGGGGCACUGCUGCCCCCGCCUCAGGAUGGAGGUUUUAUAAGCCAAAGGUUUUUCCAUGUAUUGUUAUCUGUUCAUUCAUCCACUGUGUGCCUUGUCAGCCUUUGAAAGUUUUGGUUGCUCCCAGGCUGCUGUUCUCAGGGACCUUAAAAGGGUCGGUCUUGGAGCAGAGCGUGUCACCUGAGGCACCCACUUCCAAGAGAGACCUCGUCUCCACUUUCACUCAAGAAUGCUGCUCACGUGUGCUGGGAAAGCUCUCCUAAACAGAACGCUUGUUGCCCCGUUUCCAGAUGCGGGGCUACCGUGAGACCAGAAGGCCACUCUUGGUAGGCCAGUCAUGUCCUUCACCGCUGUGCCUUAGAAUCGCCCCCCAUGGACCCCCGGACAGGGGAAAACAGACCCCAGGCCUUGCGCAGGCCUCGGGUUCCUUGGGUUCAGUAGCCUGUCUGGGCCCAUACUCAGGACCCUCCCUUCUGUCCUCUUUCUUUCUCCACAAGCAUUUCCUUGGAUCUCUGUGACACCAUGUCAGUCAUAAACCAUAGCCAGCAGGCCAGCCCUUGGCCAUGCACAUCCCAGUCCAGGAUGGGGAACUCUGACACAGACGUGAAGAGAGCUGGGCAGUGAUUUAAGUCAUAACUCAGUAUAGAAAGUCAUUUAAUAAACACCAUGUAGCAAA